UGGAAAGGGCAAGCAAUCACCCAAACGGGGGGGAUACCAAAAGGCAGAAGCCGCUCACGCCCACGCCUUCUCCGCCCUCCCUCCUCCUUCCAAUUUUUCGCAUCUCAGCAAAGGACCACCUGCUGAAAGGCACAUCCGCCGCAGAAUUACAUGGACUUUCCUUGCAGGAGAUUCGAUUCGGUUAUCUGCUUGAUGUGAUGAUAGCUCUUAGAUCAUAGUUUACAUUAGCCAUUACAGCAAGGAGUCCUGAAAUGCUGAAAAGCUCCAUGUUUCUUCCUGCUGGUUCCUUGACCAAACAACUGUAGUAUUAUGAGGGGAGGAAACUCAAAUGAAUAUUGCAGUUGCCAGGUGUGCCUCGGCAAGUACACACUACUUGGCGAUGAAGAAAAUCCAAGAUUGGCAAUGUUCAAAAGACGCCUUCCCUUCUUUGGUUGUGGAAUUGGAUGGUGUUGUUUUCUUUUAGGUUUCCUGUGCCCGUUAAUUUGGUACAUAGCAGCUCUUCUUUAUUGCUGCAAGUACUACAACCGUGAUCCUCGAGAACGGCCUGGGCUUGCCGCUUCUGCUCUUCUGGCAAUCAUGUUUACAGCAGCGACUAUCAUUACCCUUUCUGUUUUACUGGUAAUGUGUACACACAAACGGUUCUUGAAUAGCUGUGGUAGCUGACUGAAGAAUGUACAGUAGCUAGCUGCAAGAUAUUCGAUGCAUGUCCUUGAGGAAUGAAGUACUUGACAGAAAUACUCUUUAGGUUCCUUUGUUAAUCAAUUGCUUAAAUCCACGGGAGAAAUCGAAGGAUUGCCCUUCGCGUGGUAGCAUGUCAGCAUGUCCGUCAUUUGCUCGAGUGUAGAUUACUGUACAAUUUUGUGCUGGCAGAUGAACCUGUUGCAUAACAUUUUUUGUACUGGCAACCAAUUGGAGUUUAUUCUUUCAGGCACAAUCAGAAGAUUACAUGCGCGAGCUGAGUAAUAUAUCAGCUACCACUGAAAUAAUUAUGUUUUACUUAUAUCAUGCUGUCUGUGUGAACUAUGUAUAUAGUAUUGCUGAUUACUGAAAUAGUGUUUUUA